AUUUAAAGGCAUUAUCAGAGCGUCUAGGCAGAAUUAUAAAUGGACAGAUGGAUACCUAUGAUCGAGGAGUCAUCUUUACUGAUGCUUUUGUUGCUCAGCAUAAAGCACGGAUUCGUGGACUUUUCAGUGCAAUAACCAGGCCAACACCAAUAAGCUCUUUGAUAACUCAGUAUAAAUUUCAGGAACAUCUUCUUUACUCUUUUCUUGAAGAAUUUAUAAGCAGUGGCCGUUUGAAUGGAGCUGUGAUUGGUGGCCGACAGGAUAAGGCUGUUUAUAUUCCUGACAUCUACUCGAGAACACAAAAUAACUGGGUGGAUUCGUUUUUCAAACAAAAUGGCUAUUUAGGUAAAUUUUUAACAUUAUUAAAAUAUAUUGUUGAAGUUGAACCUGAAGUUACAGAUGGUCAUUUUGUGAUAUAA